AUGCAUCCACGCAGCAUGGACUACCCUGAGGAUGGGCUCAGCGCAAAUAACAGCGCGGCCGCCUCACAAAACGCGAUUUCACGACCUUUCACGCUGCAAGAAUCUUUGCCGUACUCACCUCAAACAUCCACGGUACCCUUUGUUCCUGAAAUCAUCCCCGAUCCCAACUUGGGCUUUGGCUCGCCAGCUCCAUCCGUCUCCGAUCUCUUCCCCCACAACGACUACGAGCGACUCAAUAAGGAAGCUCUCGGGCAGCCUCACCUGCCAAGGAACACAAGGCAGGCUGUUGAUUUUGUGUUGCAUGAAAUCAAGCCAUCCCAAAGAACGCAUUACAACUUCAAGUCUGUUUUGACAGGCCAAGCAACCUCCCGGUCCGGAAGUCUUUCACAGGGACUAUCUCCUAUUGCGCGAGCUGUAUACGAAAAAGUCGGGGGCUAUUUCAAAGCAACCAAGCCCAAUGUGGUGAACCCUCAAGCUGUUGGCGUUAACGGCGACAAGAGCAGAACAUCCUCAAAAGAUAUGACGGUACAAGCUAAUCAGUCAGCUCGCAUCGACAACCACGAGGCACCUAAGCCACAUCAGUCAAGGAUAGAAGUGUUAAUCCCAUCUAGACGAGGCGGCUUCGACCCCUCAGCCUACGUUGAUCCCACUGCCCCUUCUCAGUUUCAGGCCGAGCCCGAAACCCCGAGGGACGAGUACUUGGAAAUUGCCCAUAUACCAUCCGCUCCUGAGAACCUUUCUUCCCGCAAGAAGGAGCGGUAUACGGUGCAAGGGGACCAAGGCCUCGUUAGCAGCGGCGGCCUUGACCAACAGCAGCGAGCUGAAGCUGCUUUCGAGUCUCUUGAUUCGCUCAUGCGCAGUGUCUUCUCGGCAGUCGGUCGUGCUUUGGGAAUGGACUCUGGAUAUGACCACGUCGUGACGCUGACAGCUGACAACGAGGUAGUUAUGAAUGGCGCAACGCAGCAGAAGAUGCAGAGCGCCAUGCAGAAGGCCAUUGCACUCAAGUGUUUCGAUAGAGUCCCGGUCGAAGGCCUCCUCCAAAUCAUGAAGCUGAGCGACAUUAGCCUCAAGCUUGUCGACGGCUUGGACAUUCGUGUUGAUGAAAGCUGGGAUGAGGCUGCAUUUGAAUCAUGGAUUCAACAACUGGCAGAGGUUGAAGUAGGAAUGAAAGCUGCACGUACUUGUUUGCGAAUCUUGUCUGGAGGCCGAGAUGAUAAGCAGCUCUACUCUGAAAGCAUCAUCAACCGAUGCGUCAACAUCUUCAAGACUGUCACGGAAGACAUAAUAAUCCCUCUCGUUGAGCUUCGCAACUCGGCAUCAUCCGCCAACUUAUUCCGAAUGGCACUAAAGCACAAAAAGGCCGUGACAUCUACUUUUCUCUGCUGCCAGAAGCUGUUUGCCACACUCGCAGAGUUGGUAACGAAAGUAGAGCUCUCAGAAAGCGUCUUCACCACUCUAGAGUUUACCGCAUGCAAACUUAUAUUUGUCGAAAACGCCUAUUUCGAAAAGGACUCGGCUGUGGGAGUGCAGAGGUUUGAUGGAAUUCGCAGUGUUGCUAUGGACAUGCUCUGCCAAAUAUUUCUCAUCAAACCUGAGCAGCGGCAGGGCAUCAUUGACGAGAUUCUCACAUCUCUGGAGAAGCUUCCCGUCGGAAAACAGAGCGCACGGCAUUUCAAGCUUUCCGAAGGUGGGAAUAUCCAACCGGUGUCGGCGCUUCUCAUGCGACUGGUCCAGGCCAGCUCUGGGAGGGUUGAAGAGAAUGAGAGUCGUGCUGCAGUUCUCCGGGCCCUCGGUGGCGACGACAGUAAGAUGGACGACGACAACGAGAGCGAGGAUGAAUUACCCGAUAAGAGGACUAAAAAGACGCAAAUCACAUCCACCAUCAACACCGAUGACCAAGGCGCACAGCAACACGCCGUCGCCAUUCAAGAGCUGGAGGCAGCUGCUGCCCCUCUUAGUGAAGGUGCUGCACGGAAUGCUUCGUACAUUAUCAACUUUAUUGUGAAGCGCGCCAUCGGGUCGACGAAGUCGGGUGACACACCGUACCGUAACCUUCUGGAUCUUUUUGUUGAGGACUUUACAACAUGUCUCGAUUCCCCAGACUGGCCGUCAGCCGAGCUACUGUUGCGCCUCCUCAUGCUCAUGAUGGUGCAGCUGUUUGAGGCUCCCAAGACACCCGCUCCUGCAAAGAACAUGGCUCUUGAGCUGCUGGGCACUAUGAGUGCGGCCAUUUCUCGACUGCGAUCGCACGUCAAGCGAACCGCCAACUCGUUCGAAACCACUGAUGUCGACGAGCUGUCGCGAUAUCUGGCGGCGCUGGCUUGCCACGUUCUUGAGCAAAAGAGCUCGAUCGAGCAAAUUGUUGCCUGGGAUGGACCUUACCGAGCCUCGUUAGAGUUCCUCCAGGCUCGUCUGUCUGAUGACCCAUAUCUAUUCAGCGCUGUAUCAUUCCUCAUAACUGACUGGGCUACUCGGGUACAUACGGGCUACGAUGCAAUCCAGGACAAUGAAGAUGAGAGAGACUGGGAACUUGGACGCCUUGCUUACAGACUGCGGAUGAUGAUACAAGAUCGCCGAUGGCUCUCCAACGAGUACACCUUCAAGGCCGUGAGCCCUGCUCAAGCCAAACUUUCUUACUCUAUUAUUCUGCUACGUUCCCCGCUCUUUGAGUCCUUUAGCAAGAUUCUCAACAUUCUCCUUGGUUCGAUGGCUGGUGAUCAAGCAACAGUCCGCAGCAAGAGCUUGAAAAGUAUCAACCAGGUUCUCGAGACGGAUCCAUCAAUCCUGGACGGGGAUUCUAUGGUGAUCCAACUCAUCCUAGAUUGUUCGAGCGACUCAUCUACGCAAGUGAGAGACUCUGCUCUUGGCCUUUUGGGAAGCUGCAUUACGCUGAGGCCAGCUCUGGAAUCGCCGUUGACACCCAAGAUUAUUGACCGCUUCCAAGACGCUGGUGUUGGUGUCAGGAAGCGAGCCAUGAAGCUUGCCCGCGACAUCUAUCUCCGCAAUCAUGAUAGCGCACUUCGCAGUUCUAUAGCUAAUGGCCUUCUCCGACGUGUGCAGGAUCCUGACGACGGUGUUCGCGACCUUGCCCGCCAGAUGAUUGAGGAAGUCUGGUUUGCUCCAUUCUACGGUCGCGAUAACUCAGCCGAAUUCCAAACCUCUUUGACUGAGCAUGUGGCCCUGAUCAUCCAGACUGUCAAGACAGGAAACGUGACUGAGAUUCUCGACAAGGUGUUUCAGUCCAUUCUUCGGCCAAAAGAUAAAUCGCUGGAUGGUCCAUUCUCGGUUUGCUCACAGCUGGUGAGCAGUAUGUUUAGCCUCAUCGACAGCGGAGAUUCGGAAGAUGGAGGUCCGACCGGCCGUGAUGCCCUGCAGGUGCUCACAAUCUUUGCGAAGGCCGACCCUAAGCUCUUUAGCCUUGAACAGAUCAGGCUUCUAAAGCCCCAUCUCGCAAGCUUCAGCGGCACCGACGAACUGGCAGCGUUUCGUGCGGUGACGGUGGUAUACAAACGCGUGCUUCCCCGGCUGCCCACGGUUCACUCUGAGUUUCUGACCGAAAUUCGCCUUCAGCUCUUGAAGGGCAUCGGAAAGAUUUCCUCCCGUGGAGCCUUGGAUGACUUGAUCGCAUGCACCAAAGUAGUCUGUGAUUUACUAAAGGACUUUGGACCAUUGGGCAACCUAGUCGCAUCAGGUUUAUUGGGCAUCCAGAAACUGGGAGCCGGGGGUGCAGUCCUGGAUAGCAAGAGGAUCAACCAUCUGUGUGCCUACUCUAUCAUCGUUGGCAGCGUUGGCAAGCAUUGCGACCUGGAUCCGCAGAUGCAAGUAUUCAAGGCCCGCUUCCCCAAAUGGCAGGGUGACUCGGUCCCUCGACUUAUUGUGGACGUGCUAUCGCCAUUCUCCUCGCCUUCCCAGCCAUUGGAGGCGCGGAAGGCAUCUCUUGAGGCGAUAGGCCUGGUUUGCCAGUCCUGGCCAAGAAAUUACGUCCUGGCCAAGGUCUACACAGCCUUCCAACAGGUUUUCCAAGAAAAGAUCCCCAUUCUAGAAACAAUGAUUCUCAAGUCAUUCAAAGAGUUUCUCCUCACGGAGGAAAGGCGAUCCGAAGCUGCGGCUGAGUCCGGGGCGACGGAGAAGAAGAGAGAGCUGACGGUCAUGGGCGGCACUAACUUUGACGACGUCGCCAGCGCUACGACUCAAAGGUUUCUUAAAGACAUUACACGAAUCGCCUUGGGAAGCCUAGACGAACUCGCCUUUCUAGCUAUGGAAGUCUUGGGCAGCAUUAACCGGCAAGGUCUGACGCAUCCCAAGGAGACAGGAGUGACACUGAUGACGCUUGAGACAUCCUCAAACCGAAAGAUUGCGGAACUGGCCUUUUUGGAGCAUCGGUCACUUCACGAGAAGCACGAGACAGUGCUCGAAAGAGAAUACGUCAAGGCGAUCCAGUCCGCUUACAACUACCAGCGAGACAUUGUCAAAGACUCUCACGGGGCGAUCCCCGAAGUGUUCCAACCCAAGCUACACCUCAUGAUGGAAGUGCUGAAGAUUAGCAAAAUGAAAAACAGGCAGCGCUUCUUGGAGAAGCUGUGUGGACAGGUCAACUUUGACAUUGCGCAGCUGGACACGAACGAAGAGAUGCCGCCACACCUUGACUUUUCGCGGUUCAUCAUCGAAAACAUGGCCUUUUUCGAGUAUCAAACGGUUGGGGAGCUUCAGACAAUUGUGAACAUGAUGGAGAAGAUUGUGAGCACAACAGGCGCAGCAGUUGCUCACCUAAUCGAGUCGGAAGUGUUCGACGUGCGCCUCGAUCUGGACCACACAGAACAAGACGAAGUGACGGAUCAGCUAAUGGGCGAGACGGUCGAGGCGCAAGCAAGCGCGGAGGGAGACCCCCUCGUCGGCCUCAAAGUAGAUCCGAAUCGACUUCGCCAGUUGACGACCGGGGCCAUUAUUCUCUCCUGCCUGUGGGAAGCCCGUACGCACCUGCGGCGCCUGUAUGGAAUGGGAACGAGCCGACACGACGGCAAGGCCAAGGCUCUGGCCAAAGACCUCAACAAGAUGCCGAUGAAAGUGCAGGGAGUUCACGGAGAGCGGUUCUGGGACGAGGUGACGGCGCAUGUGAGCAGCCUGGAGACGAUUCAUAAAAUGGCGCAGAAGUGUAAGGCGUUUGUGGAGCUGAUGAACGUCGACAAGGAGCUCAAGGUGCAAGACGACGACGAGGAGAUGGCAAUGGACGGACCGAGUACGCCCAGCGAAGGCGAUGGGGAGGGCACAACGCCUGAUCGAGGUCGCAAGAGGAAAGGCGCAGGCACUCCCGGAGGCCGCAAAAAGCGAGCUCGCUCAGGAUCUCAGCCACGCAAACGGGGUCGGCCACGUAGAGGAGCGGAGUCACGCGAUGAAGACGACGAUAUGGAAUGGAUCUAG